AUGCCUGAGCAGGACUAUGGAUACCUUCGGACCAUCAGCCUGGUCACGCAGAUCCUGUGUCUGUCGAUGGUGUCGAUCUUCGUGGCGCUACGAUUGCUGGUGGCCGUGAGGUACAAGCGCCAUGUGGAUGUGGAAGAUGCAUACUGCAUUUUAGCUCUCCUCUUCGCAACCCUCGGCGGCAGCAAACCAAUCUCAUCCCUGACUCCGUCACAAACUAUCGUCAUCUACAAGAUCUUCUACGUCCUAACUGUUUUAUACGUCCCCAUGGUCCUCACUGCCAAAAUCACCCUCCUCGCCAUCCUCGCCCGCAUCUUCGUCCUCCGCCCCAGCCAAAUCAUCAGCGUGCGCGUCGUCCUCGCCCUCACCGUCAUCUACUACCUCAUCAUCUUCUUCGUCAAAGUCUUCAUCUGCACCCCCGUCUCCGUCUUCUGGCUCUUCCCAACCCUGGAGACCAAAUGUCUCAGUAAAUCCGCCAUUCUGCUCGCCGACGCCGUCAUGAGCGUGGUCACCGAUCUCGCCAUUCUCCUGCUUCCACUCCUCCUCAUGUGGCCCUUACGAUUAUCCGCAUUGAAGAAAUGUAAAGUCGCGUUGAUGUUAGGUGCCGGGGGUCUCGCUGUCGGGUUUAGUCUUUAUCGAUUAGUGUUGGUGAUUCAGCAGAUCAGGGAGUUGGAUUCGACGAUUGUUUAUAUGAAGAUUUUGUUAUCAGGAGACGCAGAAGGCGGCUUCGGGCUGAUCUGCUCGUGCAUCCCAGCCAUCCACAUCCUCCUCACCCGCCUAAAAGGAAAAUCCUCCUCCACCUUAGAAAACUCCGUCGCCUCCGGCUCGGGCAAUUCCUCGUCCCGAAGGAAAUCCUCCCAAGGGAGAAAGAAAUCCGGCUCCGGCAGCGGCAGCGGCACGAUGGGCAGCGGGAGCGGGAGCGGUACUACCGCCAUUGGAACGAAUCCGAUUAAUAACCCGGAUGCGUUUUUUGGGAGCGGGGCUGGGGUUGGAGUUGGGUCACCGGGACAGUCUGCAGUGGAAAUGGCGGGAUGGGCACAGACCCAAGAAUGA